AUGGUGACAGAGAUGUUUCUUGUGGGGUUCGGGAAUCUCCAACAUAUAAAUAAUUGUAUUUUUGUUUUGUUCCUCAUGGCUUAUGUGGCCACAGUAACAGGGAACAUGUUAAUUAUAACCUUGAUAUCUACCAGUUCAAGUCUUCAGUCCCCCAUGUACUUUUUUCUCAGCAAUCUAUCUGCCUGUGAAGUUUUUCUGACCACCACGAUCACACCUAACAUGCUGUACAUUGUAUGGUUGAAUGGAGGUUUUGUAUCUUUCUAUGGUUGUAUCAUCCAAUAUUACCUGGCAUCCUCAACAGGUAGUGCAGAAUGUCUUCUCUUAACUGUUAUGGCGUAUGACAGACAUUUGGCCAUUUGCAACCCUCUGAGAUACUCUUCCAUCAUGAACUACAACACUCGUAACCAUCUUGUAACUUGGGCAUGGGUGGUUGGUUUUACAGUGAUGUUUAUGUUGAUAAUUACGAUCUACCACUUACAGUUCUGUGGUUCAAACACUAUUGACCAUUUUUAUUGUGAUCUAGCUCCACUUCUGCGGCUGUCUACUUCAGACACAUCGCCGGUGGACAUGGAAGUCAUCUUCAUAACCAUUUUUCUUGGGGUUAUCACUUUUGUCUUGAUCAUAGUCAGCUAUAUCUCCAUAUUUUCCACCAUCCUGAAAAUUUCCUCAAGGUCCGGAAGGCAAAAAACCUUCUCCACAUGCAGUUCACAUCUAGCUUCUGUUUCCAUGUACUGUGGAUCAACAUGUAUCACGUAUAUGGUUCCUUCUCAGCAAAAUGUGAAGAUAAACAAGUUGUCCUCUCUGUUAUACACUGUCGUAAUUCCCCUUUUGAAUCCAAUUAUUUAUAGUUUAAGGAACCAGGAAAUGAUAGACUGUUUUAAAUAUUAUUUUAAAAUCAUUAAAAGGUAA